AUGCUUGACAAUUGGUAUAAACGAGUGGUCGUUUAUAGUCAAGAGUUGAGUGCUGCUGAGGAAAUGAAGAUACCGUGGCAGUCACCAACAGUGGAAAUAUACAAACGUGUUUGCGAGGCGAUACAUGGACUGAACAUGAUCAAAGAAGGCGAUAAGGUACUUGUGUGUUUGUCAGGUGGUAAAGAUUCGCUCUCCUUACUACACAUUCUGCAUUUCUACCAGAUGCGUUGCCGGAAGAAUAAAAGUACGAAUUUCAAGCUGGGUGCGAUUACUGUCGAUCCCGGUUCGUCUGCAUACAAUCCUCGUCCCUUGGUCGACUACUGUAGAUCGUUGAAUAUUGAUUAUUUCUAUGAGGAGCAAGGUGAACAGCGUAUUUAUUUCUUCAUUGCCGCAUUCCAAAAUGGUAAUUUGAGUACAAUGAAGGCUCAGUAUCAAACACGAGAUGGAACACUACGAGUAAUUCGUCCACUGAUAUUUGUUAGAGAACGGGCGUUACGUGAAUUCGCAGAAUCACGUGGUUUACCAGUGAUAGCUGAAAACUGUCCAGCCUGCUUCACCCAAGCCACUGAGAGGCACCGUAUAAAACAGGUGGGUUGUGACGACAUGUUAUGA